AAGUUCCGAAGCCUGUAUUUCGUUUUCAAGUCUCAAUUCUCAAAUCAAACUCGAAGCACGUUAACUUUUGACUAAAGAGCGUUUAAUCUACAUGUGUUAUUGAUAUAUUGUGUGUUUUUUGAUUUAAAAACCUAUUUUAAAGUACUAUUAUCGCAUAAUAAUGGAUGAAAACGACGCAGUGAAAGCUCCAAUGACCCGAUUGCGACGAAGAUUGUCGACGGACGUACAUUUGGACGACAGCUCACCCUCAACACCAACAACACCUAAUAAACGAGGACGAAAAGCUGCUAAGCCUGAAUUGGACCUCAUAUCUGAAAAUAGUGUUGCCAAAAUUGAAACACCCAAAAAGGUAACAAGGAAAAUGGUGGAAGUUCAGCAAGAAGCAGAAGAGAAAACAAUCACACCAUCAAGAAGAAGUACAAGGAUUAGAUCAAAUACAAGUCUAGUGGUUGAGGCACCACAGUCUGUUGCAUCUCCUAGAGCUAAGAGGGCUACCAGGAGGAAUUCACUACUAGGAAGUGACACAGAAACUCCUCUGACACCUCUCAGACAAACAAGAAGAACGAGAAAAGAUUCUACUUCAAGUGUUGAAAAAGGUGAAGUAGCAGUUUCAAAACCAGUGACACAAUUAACAGAAGCGAUAGCUGAAGAACCUGAGAAUAAUCUGAGAAAAUCUAUAAGUCAGAGUAACCUAUCAACAUGUGGCUCAGACAGUGGUGAGAUUCGCCGUAGUCCUCGAAUAUUGGAGAAGAUUGCCAAAACUAUGGAUAAACCAAUGAAUACUCAAAAUGAUGUUUCUUCAAGUGAGAUAGAUGAGACAGUCUCAAACAAACUGGCUCAUAUAACAACUGAGGAAAUUGAAAACAAGCUGACAACAAGUGAAAUAGAUGCUGGUGAGAUUAGAAAAAGUCCACAAAAAAUUAGAAGAAAUUCUAGAAACAUGAAUAAAUCUCAACAUGAUGAUUCGUCAAGUAGAUCAGAUGAGACAGUCUCAAACAAAGUGACAAAUAUAACAGCUGAGGAAACUGAAAAUAAGCUGACAAGUGACUUAGAUGUUAGUGAGAUUAGAAAGAGCCCACAAAAAAUAAGAAGAAAUUCUAGAAACAUGAAUAAAUCUCAUAAUGAUCAACAUGAUAAUUCUUCUAGUAAAUUAGAUUUAACUUCUGAUAAAAAAAACAAUGUAGAAAGUGUUGAUGAUGAUAAGGAAGUAAUGAAAAAAAACAACUGUAUUUCUGAAACUAUAAAUUCUACAUCCCAAGUUAUUGUACAAGAUAAGAUAACGAACUCCAUUCCGACGGAAAACAUAGAAACUGUUGAUAAAAACCAAAGUGGACAAAUGAAUAAAAGUACAUCACAUAUUUAUUCUAAACCCAAGACUAAUAAAAAACGAACUAAAUCCUUAUCAAGUGAUGUUAAAGUAAAAGAAAGUAAUUUCUUUAGUGACAAUGAGUGGUCAAAAAAGAAAAUAGGAACUAAAAAUAAAUCAAUAGUUUUGAAUUCUCCAGAAAAGACGCGUGAUGCAAUUAAAGAAAUUUUAGAUGCCGAUACAAAAACUAAAUCAUCCAUAGAAUGUGAUACUUCUGCCGUGGAUUUUUUCAAUAAAGGUCCAAUUAAAAAUGGGACUCCAGAAAUAUUUAUAGAGGAUUCAGAUUCAAACUCUAAUAAAGCUUUUGAAGAUCAAUGUGUACCUGUAGUAACAAGCCUUGAAAGUGGAUCACCAGAGGUACUUAAAAUAACUUCAUCAAUAUCAACAUCUAACACAAAAUGUCUUAGUGAGAGUGUUGAACCGAUGGAUGUUGAUGAAACCAUGCCCGAAAGUUUUAUAAUAGAUACUGAAAAAACGGACUCCGAAACGGCACACAAGGAAAACCCAUCACAUCAAUCACAAGUGUCUCUCCUGGAAAAAUCUGAUUUCAAACAGAAAGAGAUAUCAGUUUCACAAAACUUGGAUAAAACUGAAAACAAAAGUACUCUGAUAUUAUCAGAGGUUAAGGAUAAUUCAUUAAAUGCAACAAGUAAAUUAAGAAAGAGUUCAAUAAUAGCAAAUAAUAGUAAAAUUUUAUCAAAUUCAGCAGUAGAACUGGAUAAUACUCAUAAUAUAGAUACUAAUAAAAAAAACUUGUCUCUAAAUUGUUUGACGAGCACACCUUUACAGAAUAAAACUUUGAAAAAAGUGGCAGUGCCUUUAAAUGCUUCUAUUAUUACACAUAAUAUAGACACUAAUGAAAUAGACAAGAAUCAAACUAAUAAGCAUAAAUUACAUACUUCCAAACCUUCAUCGAAUUUAGAUAGCAGUGACGAAGAAAGUUCUGAGGGUGGAAGUCCUGAAAAGAACGAUUUGCUAAGCAAUGAAGCUAGUGACGCCGGUGACGAUUAUGAAUCUGGCGACAGCCGUGAUGAAGAAGAUCGUCGUUAUGAAGAGCAAAAUGAAAUAAUUGAGAAAGGUCAGACAUUGACAUCGGAGGAUGCAUCAUGUGAUGAUUCAGAUUAUGAGAAAGACUCAUUCAUUGUUAGUUCUGAUGAAGAAGAUGACCAGUUGUUAGAAGGGACUGAUGAUGACUUAUCAAUGAGUGAUAAUGAGCUUAAGAUGACGACAAAGUCUAAGGAAAAGUAUAAUAGUCGAAUGAUCAAAGAACAGAAAAAAGCAUCUAGAGAAAUGUAUGAGGCACGCCAUAAGUCAAAAAAAUUAAAAUCAAAUACAAGUCCAGAAAUACAAAAUACAGAUAGUAGUGACUCUUCCGAUUCUGAAGUUGAAAAACAAAUCAAACAAAAGAAAAGAAUUAGAAUGCGCUUGAAUUCUGAAAAUUUAUCAGAAAAUGGCAGCAAAACAUCUUCAUUUCAAAACCGUUUAUCUACAUCACGAAAAAGUAAUUCAUUAUCAGAGUCUGCCCAUGACAAAAGUAACAUAAGUGAAAAAGAAAUGACAGUAGUAAAUGAAGCAUUAGAAGAAAAUGAUCCCCUUGAGACUGUGAAGAAGGAACCAAAUUCUUCCUUACAAUGCGUGAACAGUACUCUUAAUUUUGUAGAUGCAGAAUACGCUAAUAAUACUCAAGUAAAUAAAGAUAUUUCAAAUGAUCCUCUUGAAGCCAAUACUGCUGAUGAUACAUCAUCUGAUGAGGAUACUAAUAACAUAAUCCAAAACUAUGAUUCUGUUCUCAGCAACUUAAACAAAAGUAAACAAAGUAAAAACAAAUUAGUAGACACAUCUCUAAAUUUGAAAAAUGAAACAAAAAACAAAGCUAAUAAACAAAGAGCUUCCAUAGUUGAUGAACUCAAUCUAACACAACCAAAAUCCAAUCUGUCGUCGGUUAGAGAAAAGUCGCAAACGGAUAAACCGAAAGUGGAUGGAAAGACUGACAACCAAGAUGAGGAUUCCUCUGACUCCAUCAAACUACAUUUACUUUUUUCUGAAGACAGUAAUCAAACUGCUGAUAUGAACGAAAAUAAUGAGAUGCCACUCAAGCAAAGUGAAGCUGUAACUGAUAUCAGAAAUAAUAGUGAUGGAGAUGAAACAGAUGCACCAUUCAAGUUUUUCAUUGAUACUAAAGGUGAUCUUGACACUGCAAAUUCCACAAGAAAGGGUAGUUGUACUGACGAAGUGCCAACAAUUCAUAUUGAUUCUGAUGCACCAGAAGAAACGCCAAUUCAACAUGAAAUUAACAAUGAUAUAAGUUUGAAUGAAAGUAGAGACACAACUUUGAAUAAGUCGAAAAGUAAGAAAAGAAAAGAAAAACGUAAUUCGAAUUUCGUCGAAGAAAUACAUUCUACUGAACCUGAGCAACUUGCAACUUCAUUUGUUAAAACACCUAAAAGUGACAAAAAAAAGAAACAAAAUAUAUCUUUGAAUGAAGACGACGGAGGGAAAACACCUAAAGGCGGUGAAAAGAAAAAUCGUUCUGUUUCAGAAGUUAUCGAUAUAGAUCAAGAUGAACCCAUCUCUAAAGCCAAUGCAUCAAUAUUGAAAACACCAAAAAGCGAUAAGAAGAAGAAACAGUAUAAGUUUGAAAGUGAGACUACUUUGGGAGAUUCUACUGAACCUGAGCAACUUGCAACUGCAUGUGUGAAAACACCUAAAAGUGACAAAAAAAAGAAACAAAAUAUAUCUUUCAAUGAAGAUAUAGGAGGUAAAACACCACAAGACGGCGUAAAGAAAAAUGGCUCUGUUUCCGUUGUUAUUGAUAUAGAUCAAGAUGAACCGAUUUCUGAAGCCAAUGCAUCAAUAGUGAAAACACCAAAAAGCGAUAAGAAGAAGAAGAAACAAAAUAUAGCUGGAAAUGAGACUUCUUUUGGAGAUGGAAAUAAUGUCAAUGUUUCUCUGGUCAAAACACCUAAAAGUGACAAGAAGAAGAAACAGAAUAUAUCGGCAAAUGAGAAUAAUCUACAAGAUCUAUAUGAAUCAGCCCCUGUGAAUUUCGCCAAUGCAUCAUUAGCCAAAUCACCUAAAAGUGACAAGAAAAAGAAACAGAAAACCUCUACAGAUGCUAAUAAUCUUGAAGAUAACAUUGAACCGAUCCAUAAUGUUGAAGUACCAGUGAAAACACCUAAAAGGGACAAGAAGAAACAGAAUUUGUCUGCAAGUGAUAAUAAUUUACAAUUUUGCAACGAAAGCAUCUUAAAUGUGGCGUCCAAAGUGCCAACACCCAAAAGUGACAAGAAGAAGAAAAAUAAUUCAGAAUGUGAUGUUGAUAUUAUAGAUCGAAAUACUGAAACUGACGCACAUCUACUCAGCGAAUCACUGUCGAAGGCACGAAAAGGUGAUAAGAAGAAAAAGAGGAAAUCAGAAAGGGACAAUUCCACAUCAUUAGGUGAUGGCUCAUUGAAUGAAUCUAACCAAAAGCGCAAACGAAUGGCUUCACCGGAUCUAAUGAAAGAGGAUUAUAUAUUAGCAUCAGCUAGUAUUGUUCAAGAAAAACAAAAUAAAAAACCAAAAAUUGAUGGUGAGGGCAAUCAAGAUAAACAGUCAAACAAACUUGAGAGGACCAAGAAACGCAAAAUAAGAAACGAUGAUGAAGAUGUCUCCGCCAAAAAGGUAAUGAAGACAAGUUACUUGGAUACCGUUGGCGUGUCCCGAUUAUCAGCUGCGCUACUUAAUAAGUUGGAUGAAAAACCAAGAACAAAUCCUAAACCACCGAAGAGGCUAAGAUUAAUAUCGACAAGCAAUUUUAGCGUUUCUGAGGUCGGACGGCGAAAUAAACCCUCUUUAUUCCUUGAAGAGACUGUCUGUCUGGAUCAAGAUUCGCCGGUCAAGAAGAAGUCUACGUCUCGAAUGCAGAAGCCCCGAGUACUACCAACAUUACCAACUGCUAUAUCAUCGAGUAGUGGUUACACUACUAAUUUUAAAAUAAAAACGUUGCCUACAGACUUAAGAUUCGUUGCUGAAGCAAACAGUAGUGAAAAUUUCAGGCAAAAUCACCUGUUUAACAAAAAAAUUAAACGCUUAGGCACCUACGAACUAUAUAAGAGACAGAGAAAUGUUAAGUUGACCAAAUUUUAAGACUUGAUUAGUGUUUAAUUUAUUAUUUUAUGAAAUCCGCCAUUUUUAUAAUUCCAUUAUUUUUAUGCCUUAGAAAUAUGUGUUUUUUUUUUACUUUUCCUAAACUAUAUUAUGUGCUGUCAGUCGAGACGGAUGAGUUUUGACAAUUUUGAUGUUAAUUUUUACUAAUUCCCUGGAAUUUAUUAGGAACAACAGGACUGACAAUAGGAACAAAGCAACUUAAUAUACCAGAUAAGUAUACCUAGCUACUUUAAUUCUAGGAUAGCAUUGAUUAGUUUAUAAUGUUAUGUAGAUGUUCGGGAGAACACUAAAUCUAAUAAGAACAUAUUUUGAAAUCUGUCUGAGCCCGUCCCCUUAAUGUGACCUUAAACCCACCCCCUAUGCUUAGUGUUGCGAAAAACGGACCAAAUUUCAACUGCCCAUAAACUAAUAAUAAUUACAUUCUGCUGCUUCUCUAAUCUUACACUUACCUUAAUUAAGAACUAGCCAAUUUCCUUUUCUUAAACCAUACUGAACUAACAUAAGACAAUGACACUGUGAUGUGCCUUAUACAGCUAUAAUAUAAAUGUUGGACAUAAAGUAAAACUUGUGCUUGCAUAACUUUGUCACCGCAGGCGGUUUUAAAACACAUUUCGAAAAUGGCAUUGAAAUGAGUUUUAACACAUAGAUAUGACUAGUUAUAUGUUAUUGAGUAUAAAUUUGACUAACUCUUCCCCAUGCGCUGUUUAGAUCAUAAAACGUCAUAAUAAGUCUUAUUUUAGAGAAAAUCAUAUUAUUACUACGGCAUUGUUAAUUAAUUUUAGAUUGUGUUAUUAACGCUUUAUUACAUUGUCAAAAAUAUUACGAUGUCUUUCAAAUUAUACCGCCACAUUUUUAGUCUUUAAGAAGAUAACUAGAUGGCGUUAGAUGAUAAUGUUAUUUUCUUUGCAUACUUUGUUUUUUGAUUAUAAACAAUGUUAUUAGUAAUUUCUCAUUAUGUUUUUUUUAAUAAAGUCGUUUCUGAUGAAAA